AUGGGCGAAUCCCGUGGUGGCUGUGGCGGCAUCGGAGGAGCCCUGGGUAAUUCUAAGACGUGGCUAUGGAGCUGCAGAUCUUUUGCUUCCGUGCUGGGGGAUGAGAAGUACGGCCCUGGCUUUGCCGCGGGUCAGGGUUGUGCCCUCGGGAAGUGGGGGAGGCCCCCGGGCUGCAGGUGGGCAGUGCUGACCUCCGUGCUCUCUGCCCGCGGCAUCUCCCCGCUCCCAGACUUCCUCCCCCUGAAGUGCGAUGCCUGCGAGCAGAUCUUCUGCACCGACCACAUUGCUUAUGCCCAGCAUGACUGCACCUCUGCCUACAAGAAGGAUGUGCAGGUCCCAGUGUGUCCGCUCUGCAACACCCCAGUCCCCGUGAGGCGGGGGGAGAUGCCUGAUGUUGUGGUGGGUGAGCACAUUGACCGUGACUGCAAAUCCGAUCCCGCACAGCGCAAGCGCAAGAUCUUCACCAACAAGUGUUUGAAACCUGGCUGCAAGCAGAAGGAGAUGAUGAAGGUGAUCUGUGACCAGUGCCACAAGAAUUACUGCCUCAAGCACCGGCACCCCCUGGACCAUGACUGCAGCGGGGCAGGGCGUCCCCUCUCCAAAGCAGGGCACGCUGCAGUUACGAGAGCCCAGGCAUCCUCCUCCAAAAUAGCCACUGCAUCAAGCAGCGGAGCUGCCCGACCAGCAGACAGCUCCUCUUCUCCAGCCUCUGCCAGAGGAGGCAGAGCAGCUGUGUUGCAGAGUCGUAGCACCUCCCCUCCAGCUGCCAUGCUGCUGAACGGGCUGAGCGAGGAAGAGGCACUGCAGCGAGCUCUGGAGAUGUCCCUGGCAGAGUCAGCAGACAGCUCAGUGCAGCCACCCAGCACGCAGGAGGAGGAGGAUCUGGCACUGGCCCAGGCGCUGUCAGCGAGUGAAGCUGAGUACCAGCAGUCGCAGCGGCAGGCACACAGUUCAAAGCCAUUGAACUGCAGCAUGUCAUAGGCAGCAGAGGCAGGGUGUGCCAGCAGACAUGAGAUCCUGCUUGUGACCCAAGGAGUGGCUCUAGCCUCCCACAUGGAUGCUGUGGGGUUCUGGCCUGGGCACUGGUGACAAGAGCCCUUCACCAGGGACAGCUUGUCUCUCUGGGAGCUGUAAGCCACCGAACACACACUGGAACCUCGGCCCAGCACCUGUAUAAAAUUAGUGCAGCAAAUCACUGAUGCUCCUGGGGAGAUGAAGACGGUGCAGGACGAGGCUGAGCACACACUGACCAAAGCAGGCAGCAGCCCAGGGCCUGCACUUACCCACAGCUGCCACAGCCAUGUCACAACACUGGUGGGACUGUGGCGUGAGGGCAGAGCCACAUGGGGACAUCUCCGCAUGCUUGGACAUACAGCUGCUGGGAUGCAGCUGCCCACUGCAGUAGGAGGGGGUUGGAUUUCAUGCUCUGGGGAGGGCCCUGCCAGCCCCUCAGCAAAGAACAACCGUGGCUGGGAUGGUCUUUUGCCUGGACACAGCAUGGCUGAAUGUGCAGCCUCCCGGCAGUGUGAAGACAGCCCCUUCCCUGCUCCCCACACCCUCGGUGCCUCCCUGCUGUUUGCAUGCACAAGAGCACGUUGGGCCUUACCCUGUUUGGCUGGGGCACAGGACCUCUCUGAGACUGAAUGGAGCUGUUUCCUUUCUGGUUUAAUAUAACAAGGGCCAUUAACUGAAACGUAACCUUGGCGGUGAGUUGACUGUGCCAGCAUGGCUCGCAUGGGAGGGCUGCAGCUGCCUUCCUGCUGCUGGCUGCUCUCUGCUGCCCUAACCUACCCCAGGGCCCCUUUUUAGUGCUGCUGGGGCAAGAAUGCCUCCCUCUUUCCAGCCAUGCUGCAGGGAAUCCCCUUUGGGGUAGCAGCGGCACAGAACCCCUUCUUAGAAACAGAGCCCUGAGCCUUGAGCCAGCUCUUCCUUGCUGGUGUUUGAAGGCUGGAGCUGAUGGGUGGGUUGGGGGGAUUUGUCCCAUUGGCCUCUGGCAGGGGGUCUGCUGCUGUGCAGGGUGGUGCUGCUUUUCCUCCUGCUGCUGGAACCAUUCUGGCCUGCAGGGCUAUGCCUGGUUCUGCACAGGACUGGGCUGUCCUGCUCUGAGCCAUGUCCAGCUGAGGGAGGGGGCAUCUGGCUGGGCUGAGGGAACAUUGAGACUUGUCAAAGUGCUGCUUGGGAGAAAAUAAAAGCAUAGCACAAGAUGCAGAGGCA